UCUCUCGUCUUCCUCCUCCGCUCGCCACCCAGAAAGCCGAGAGGCGAGCGCUACUCGCCACCGCGUGCGCCUCGCUUCGACGACAGCUAGCAUGGAGACCCUGUGCGAGAGGCGAGCGCACCAGCCGUGGAUGGAGGUCUUCGACGGCGUGGAGUUCGCGGCGCUGCGGAUGUGGCAGAGCGACACGUACCUCACCGCCGACGAGGACGGGCGAUCCGUCCACCACGUGAGCCUCCGCGGCGUCGCCUCGCACAGCGCGGUGUGGGCCGUGGAGAAGCGCCUCGCCGCCGGGACUCCCCCCAGGCGGUACUUGCUCUUCCGCGGCGCCUACGGCCGCUACCUCGGGGCUCGCGAGGACCACGAGGGCUGCUACGCCUUCUGCCCGCUCCGGACCGGCUCGCUCGUGGCCACGCAGCGCGACCGCGAUCAGGAGGAGGUCGACGCCAUCAUGUGGCGCGCGCUCGCGUGCUCCGGCUCCGAUGUCUUCGAGCACCACGAUGCCCGCGGCGUCGUCCUUCUGCACGACAGGUCCGGGCGCUACCUUCGCGGGAACAAGAAUCUCCUCGGUUGCCGCCACAGCGUCUCCAUCGACGACAACCUCAACGCCGAGAGGACGCUGCGCUGGGAGGUGCUCCCCAUCCCCACGCUCGACAGACCGGAGCUCCCGUUCGCCACCAAUCCCGACUUGGCCGAGACCCUCGACAGGUCGGCGUCGAGCACCUCCGGUCAGCGGCGGGAGAUCCGCUACGUGAAGGCCGAUGACGCCGGCAACUUCAGCGAGGAAGAGGGUGACUGGACUUCGUUUCAGUUCACAUCGAGGUCGGUGCAGAUCCUGAGAGAGGAGCUCGCGAACCGAGUGGAGUACGAGGUCACGCUGUGCGUCCGCGCCGGCCGCCAUGGUCACCUCACUCCUCUGCUCAUCAACCUGCCUCGCAGCGAGGAGACCCUGCACAUCGUCGUCCUCAGGCGCAACAGCGCAGCGGAUGAGCAGUUGAAAUUCCCAAAUCCGUAUGCAUUGCUGCCAGAUGAACCAGAGGAAGAAGUAACCUUGAUUUGAUGAAUCCUUUUGUGCUGAACUACUUCUGACAGGCUCAGGGAACUCGACAGAAGAUUAGUGUGCUGGUUAGAGGCAUAGAGUGGAAUUUUCUGUUCAACCGAUGCUAGAAGACAGUUUUAUGUUUGUUCUCAGCUGCAGAAUAACUGAAUGAAAAUUCUGUAGCUGUUAGGGUGACAAUUACUCCUGCCUAAGUAUGGAUUGAUAAUAACACUGUACUUAACUCAUGCAAUGCAGUACUGUUCAUGCAUUUUGAUUUGUGAUGAGUAAUUGCCGCAAUUGAAUCUCCUGAACCAUUCAGUGUGGAAUCUAGUUAGUUUAA